AGCUGUUUUCAAUAAAUACCUCAUGGGUAAAUAAAAACAUAACUUACGAUGCACAGAUAUUUAAUAAACUUUUCUUAUCUUGGAACGAGUUUCAGGGGUAUUCAACGAACCAUCAAGAAAUUAGACAAUGGAAAAAAAUCAGAAGACAUUUACACAGUUCAAGGAGUCAUUGAAUUGGCUUUGCAGAGACUAAAUACAACAAAUGAAAUAGACAGUGUUAUUUCUAGUCGGACAGAUGCCGGUGUCCAUGCAUUGGGAAAUUCUUUGCAUGUUGACUUACAAAGAGUUGACAAAAAAGCGUUCAAUCCAAAUUAUAUCACAACUUACUUGAAUACGACGUUUUUCAAAUAUCAUAUUCCUGUGAGAAUUAACAGCACAAAGCUUAUUCCUCCAAAUUUGGCAAACUUUCAUUGUCGUCACAAUGCGGUAGGUCGUACUUAUUUAUAUAGAUUUGCAGUACCAAAAACAACCUCAAACCAGCAACAAAAAUGUAACAGAUUUGUUCCUAUAGAAGAAACUGAUAGAUGUUACUUUUUACAAAACGAGGAUUUCAAUCCUCACCAUGUAGACGAAGUUAUUCCAUUAUUCAUAGGAACCCACGAUUUCCGCACCUUUAUGGGAAUGAGUAGAGAUAUUAGACAAAAACACUGCAUGUUCAGCAUUCGCACGAUACACAAUUUAACAUUUACCAAAUCAAGAUCUCUUUCAACAUCGUGGAACAGUGGCAUUGCGGAAGAAUUUUAUGAUUUUUUUGAGGUCCGUGUCACCGCAAAAUCAUUUUUAUAUCGUCAAGUAAGGCGAAUGGUUGGAAUUCUGAUUUCCGUUGGUUACGGAAAACACAGCAAAAAGGAUGUUUACGAAAUGAUUACGAUACCGGCAACACAUAACUGGCCUACGGGCAUUAAUAUGGCUCCAGCUUGUGGUCUCUUCUUGUGUGAAGUGUUGUAUCGUCGCGAGGAAAUGGAGUUAAUAAACAAGUACAAUGAGCCUUUUGCCGAAUAUUUAGAGCAUCAGAAAGAAAUUGAGAUGGAAUAAAGUCGAAGAGAGCAAAAAUAUUAAAAAAAAAUUUUUUUUUUACCAAAUUUAGGUGUUUUUUUGCUGAAAAAUUGAUAAGUUUUGUCAAAACUUUAAAGUUUUCAGAGUAAAAAAUUAAUUUC